AUGAAUUCUGAAGUAGGUUGUGAGGACAACACAAGGUCUGAAGUAGACUGUGAGGACAACACAAGGUCUGAUGUAGGCUGUGAGGACAACACAAGGUCUGGUGUAGGCUGUGAGGACAACACAAGGUCUGAUGUAGGCUGCUGUGAGGACAACACAAGGUCUGAUGUAGGCUGUGAGGACAACACAAGGUAUGAUGUUGGCUGUGAGGACAACACGAGGUCUGAAGUAGACUGUGAGGACAACACAAGGUCUGAUGUUGGCUGUGAGGACAACACAAGGUCUGGUGUAGGCUGUGAGGACAACACAAGGUCUGAAGUAGACUGUGAGGACAACACGAGGUCUGAUGUAGGCUGUGAGGACGACACAAUGUCUGGUGUAGGCUGUGAGGACAACACAAGGUCUGAAGUAAAGUUUGAGAGUAAUACAAUGUCUGGAGUGGAUUGUGAGAGUAUUACAAUGUCUGAAGUAGACUGUGAGAGUAUUACAAUGUCUGAAGUGGAUUGUGAGAGUAUUACAAUGUCUGAAGAGGACUGUGAGAGUAAGACAAUGUCUGAAGUAGACUGUGAGAGUAUUACAAUGUCUGAAGUGGAUUGUGAGAGUAAUACAAUGUCUGAAGUAGAAUGUGAGAGUAAUAAAAUGUCUGAAGUAGAAUGUCCAAGCUCAGGACAGUAUCCAGGUAGUUCGACUCUGUCCUGUGCUGGGCGAGAGCCAAGUUCAGGACACAAUGUCCAGGUAGUUCGACUCUGUCCUGUCCUGGGCGAGAGUCAAGCUCAGGAUAGUAUCCAGGUAGUUCGACUCAGUCCUGUGCUGGGCGAGAGCCAAGCUCAGGACAGUAUCCAGGUAGUUCGACUCAUUCCUGUGCUGGGCGAGAGCCAAGCUCAGGACAGUAUCCAGGUAGUUCGACUCUGUCCUGUCCUGGGCGAGAGCCAAGCUCAGGACAGUAUCCAGGUAGUCGACUCUGUCCUGUCCUGGGCGACAGCCAAGCUCAGGACAGUAUCCAGGUAG